UGCUCUCUGCAUCCCUGGGGGCAAGGCUGCUCCGCCUCCUGGAUGUUAUCACAACUCAAACCCUCCGGCAGAGUCAGUUCUGCAUUUCAGAGCACCCUCUUCUCUAGGUUUGGCUCCCCUGAGUGCUUAUCGCUCUGUGCACCAUGGAAGGCAUCUUGGCCUCUUCCGUCGUCACCAAGAUCCUGUCAGCAGCGAGCCUGGCCAAAGCCGGGGCGGCCUCCAGCAGUGUCCUGGCUGGGCUGUCAUCCAUGGGGCUCACCGUGUCAUCCAAAGCCGCCCUGGGCUCCGCUGCAUCCUCCCUGGGGUCCAUGCUGGGGGCGCUGCAAGCCUCCUCCCUGCUGGCAUCCCCCGUGGCAGCCGUGACCGCUAGCCCCCUCGGAGUCAAGGUUGCCGUGGCUGUGGCCGGAGGAGCCGUGACUGUGGGCGCCGUGCCCGUGGUUUUGGGUGCCGUGGGCUUCACUGGGGCAGGAAUCACCGCCUCCUCCCUGGCAGCCAAGAUGAUGUCGGUGUCCGCCAUCGCCAACGGGGGCGGGGUUGCCGCGGGCAGCCUGGUGGCUACUCUGCAGUCUGUGGGAGCAGCCGGGCUGUCCCUGUCCUCCAAAGUCAUCCUGGGCACCACUGGGUCCGCCCUGGUGUCCCUGGUGGUUUAGCUCCCUGCCACUCCGUGCGGAGAAGAGGAACGGGGGGCCCUGCUGCCCAGCCCGAUGCAGUGGGUCCAGACCCGGGGUGACGGUGUGCCACAUGCUGCACCCCCCGAAAGAAAUAAAGAAUAAAAACGAGGUGUUGCCAC